GGUGGUCGUUUGGUUGGUUUCAGCAUUCAGGUGUAGACGGCGGUUUUUUCUGGGCUUUUCGUUAGAGAUUUGGAAGAAAUCUCUUCGUUUCCCCUUUUUUGUUUCAGUCAAACUAACUAUAAUAGUGGAAGUGUGGCACGGAACUGACGUAAAUGCAGCUCAAAUUUAACCAAAUAAAUAAAUAAAUAAAUAAAAUAUGGAUAAAUGUAAUUAAGAAACUUCGUUUUAACUAUAAUUACACGUCACAGCCCUGAACAACAGAAUCCAAACCGAAAAGUCCAAAACCCGAGACGUGAGCUCCGCCGCCAGUGUUCGUAUUCCCGCCGUGUUAGGGUUGUGAAAGGGAACUUUUUUCUCUCAUUAGAGAUGGAGAAAGGGAAAAAACGCACAAGAGAAGAAAACAAGGAAGAGAUCGAGGCCGAAAGUAGCGAUGCUGAUCAUUCUCUUUCUCUUGAGCAAAAUCUUACCUUCAGCGACACUUUGGUGGCGCUUCGUAUAAUGCGAGCUCAGUUUCCUCAAAUUGAUAAGGUUGCGAUUCAGCCUUUCAUUUUGCAGUCACAAUUGUAUAGCAGUGUAAAAGACAGAACUCAAGUGGAUAGGGAGCUAGAGUCUCUAAGGAGGGAGAAAGUAGUGCGCAUUUUCAAACUAAAUACCGGGCAAGAUGAUCAUGGUAUAAUGCUUUUAGAUGAUUAUAUAAAGCAGAUAGAACAUGCUGUCAAAAGAAUGGAAGAGAGGAAACAACGUGAUCUCAAAGUUUUUGAGUGGUUUAAAGUGUAUGUUAUUGAAUCCAAGUUGGAACCUAGCAUUGAACAUCAAGAACUAUGUUCACUCUUAUCACUAGGAGGAAGGGUGAAAGAUGAUCACAUCUCCCUUCUAAUCAAUGCUGGCCUUCUUACUCGCCAAUUGAUUGAUCCAAGUAUGUAUUGGUUUGCAAUCCCAAAUAUUGGUUCAAUACUGAAAGGCAUCUCCCAGGGAAGGAAGGAACUCCUCUCUCUUUUAAAUCGUAGAAGAUAUAAAGAGAUGAUGUUGGUCCCUUUGGAGAAGAAGCGCCUUCGAUUGUCUCCUCUUGAUAUGAGAUUUCACCUUCGUGACUUGAUUGGAUCUGGACAUCUCAAAACUGCCCAUUCACCAACUGGCAUAGUUGUUCGGGUUUCAAAAGAUUAGAUCACAGGAGGAUACCGCUAGUAGUGACAGCUCGAUUAUUGCGUCUCUUUUGGCUUAGCUUGGAAUAUGAGGUUGAUGAAUGAAGAACAAACAAUAACUUUCUUGCAAUCAUGCACAUCAGAAUUGACAAAUGCAGGAUGAAAAUUUUAGGUAGUUGAUGAAAUUUAGCAUGAGGAAAAAACAUCAGUUGAAUUCAGUGACAUGACCAUUUGGUCCAAAGUAAGGAUAUCAACCUUCUAUCAGAAACAAAUGCAUUCCUGAGAAAGUCAUCUAUGUGUUAGGGGAAUGUGUUUAUUCAAUGGAACACGAUGCUUAUGCUGGUAAAUAUGAUUUGUGGUGACAAGCUGUGAGAAUAGUCAUCUGACCUUUGAUUUAAUUGAAGAUGUUGGAUUGGAAUUUAAUGUUAGAGAAGCUUAUGCUUUUAUUCCGUCAUUACUUCCCCAACAGUCUCUACUGUGAAUUCUUCUCAUUGAUCGAGUUUGGAGUAUCACCAUCUAUUGGAGCUGAUGUUACAUCUUCUAAAUUUUGUGUAUCUACUAUUGUUACAUCAAUUGUAUUGUCAUACUAACUAGAGAGAGAAAGAAAGAAAGAAAGAACACCUGUAGGACCAGCAAGAUUUUAGAUUCUUGAGAUCUCCGUGCAGAAAUGACUUCAAGUAGGAUUAUAUGGAGAACUGGACUCCUGUUGCCAGCUCCUCAUAAUUAGGACAAUUAAUUGUUGAAUGAUUAUUUUUUGGGGUCCAUGAUGUUGUAGACUUGCAUGGUCAUUAAUAACCGUAGGAUUUGUCAUAUUUGCAUUGAGUUCUCAUAAAUGUGAUAAGAUUUGUGAGAAGAACUUUAAUCCUAUUAAAGCAAGGUACCUUUUCAUCUAUGCCAUAAGGUGGAAAGCUUUCAUCA